UUUUCAUGAAACAAAAACAAAAACAAAAGAAAAUAAAAGAAAGAAAGAAUCAAUACUCAUAAUAAGUGUUAGAGAAAUGAAAAAAAGAGAAAACAAACCAAGAAACAUGUCAUGUAAAUGUUCAUCAACAAGAACAAGAACAUGUGCUAUUGUUCUUCAUGUGAUUGUUUCAUUCAUAACACUAACCUUAACAUCAUCAACAAUAACAACCUUUGAUUCAGCAACGUUGUUAAACAAUUUCAAACACUCAAACAUCAUUUCUGAUCCAACCAACUUCCUUUCAAACUGGUCACUUUCAUCUUCACCAUGUUUUUGGCAAGGUAUCACUUGUUCACUUUCCGGUGAUAUCACCACCGUAAACCUCACCGGAGCUUCACUUUCCGGCAACCAUCUUAGCCUUCUCACUUUCACUUCAAUACCAUCUUUGCAAAAUCUUCUUUUGCAUGGAAAUUCAUUCACUACUUUCAACUUAUCUGUUUCACAACCUUGCUCUCUUAUCACUCUUGAUCUUUCUUCCACCAAUUUCUCAGGAACUUUCCCUUUUGAAAAUUUUGUUUCUUGUUAUAGUCUUAGUUACCUUAACUUGUCUAGGAAUUUCAUAACUUCAACAACAAAGAAUCAUAGUUUUGUAGGGUUUGGUUCUUCUUUGGUUCAACUUGAUAUGUCUAGAAACAUGUUUUCUGAUGUUGAUUAUGUUGUUGAAGUUUUGACAAAGUUUGAGAGUUUGGUUUUUGUUAAUUUUUCUGACAACAAAAUCUAUGGUCAAAUCAGUGAUUCACUUGUUCCUUCUGUGAAUUUGUCAACUUUGGAUUUGUCUCAUAAUUUGUUGUUUGGGAAACUACCCUCUAAAAUUGUUGGUGGUAGUGUUGAAAUUUUGGAUCUUUCAAGCAACAAUUUUUCUUCAGGGUUUUCUGAGUUUGAUUUUGGUGGGUGUAAGAAACUUGUUUGGUUGAGUUUAUCUCACAAUGUGAUAUCUGAUUUUGAGUUUCCACAAAGUUUGAGAAAUUGUCAAAUGUUGAAAAGUUUGGACCUUUCUCAAAAUCAAUUAAAGAUGAAGAUUCCUGGUGCUGUUCUUGGUGGGUUGAGGAAUUUGAAGGAACUUUAUUUAGGGAAUAAUCUUCUUUAUGGAGAAAUAUCUAAGGAGCUUGGAAGUGUUUGUAAGAGUUUGGAAAUUCUUGAUCUUUCUAAGAAUAAACUCUCUGGUGAGUUUCCUUUGGUUUUUGAAAAAUGUUCAUCUUUGAAGAGUCUUAACCUAGCUAAGAAUUAUCUCUAUGGUAAUUUUCUUGAAAAUGUUGUUGCCAAACUUGCUAGUCUUAGGUAUCUCUCUGUUUCCUUCAACAACAUAACCGGAAAUGUUCCUUUGUCAAUUGUUGCAAAUUGUACACAACUUCAGGUUCUUGACCUGAGUUCAAAUGCCUUCACCGGUAACAUUCCCUCGAUGUUCUGUCCUUCAAAAUUGGAGAAGUUGCUUUUAGCUAAUAAUUACCUUUCAGGGACUGUGCCUGUGAAACUCGGUGAAUGCAAGAGUUUGAGAACUAUUGAUUUUAGCUUCAACAAUUUGAGUGGUUCAAUACCUUCAGAAGUUUGGUUUUUGCCUAAUCUUUCUGACUUGAUUAUGUGGGCAAAUAGACUCACUGGUGAGAUUCCUGAAGGAAUUUGUGUCAAUGGAGGGAACCUUGAGACAUUGAUUCUUAACAACAAUUUGAUUUCUGGUUCGAUUCCCAAGUCCAUUGCAAAUUGUACCAACAUGAUUUGGGUUUCGCUUGCUAGCAACCGCAUUACCGGAGAAAUACCCGUUGGUAUCGGGAAUUUGAAUGAACUUGCUAUUCUCCAAUUAGGUAACAAUUCUCUUGUUGGAAAGAUUCCUCCUGAGAUUGGAAUGUGUAAGAGACUGAUAUGGUUGGAUUUGACGAGCAAUAACCUCACCGGUACUAUUCCACCUGACCUUGCAAAUCAAGCAGGAUCGGUUAUUCCGGGGAGUGUUUCGGGUAAACAGUUUGCAUUUGUGAGAAAUGAAGGUGGAACUAAUUGUCGAGGAGCCGGAGGACUAGUUGAGUUUGAGGAUAUAAGGGCAGAGAGGCUUGAAGAUUUUCCUAUGGUACAUUCUUGUCCGUUAACAAGAAUAUAUUCUGGUUAUACAGUUUAUACUUUUACCACCAAUGGAAGCAUGAUUUACCUUGACCUUUCCUACAAUUUCUUGUCAGGGACUAUUCCGGAAAAAUUCGGUGCAAUGGCCUAUUUGCAGGUCUUGAAUCUAGGACACAAUAGGCUCAAUGGAAAAAUUCCUGAAAGCCUUGGUGCAUUAAAACCUAUAGGAGUGCUUGAUUUAUCUCAUAAUAACCUUCAAGGAUUCAUCCCUGGAUCAUUACAAUCUCUAUCGUUUCUCAGUGACUUUGAUGUGUCAAAUAAUAACCUUAGUGGAUUGAUUCCUUCUGGUGGUCAGCUAACUACUUUCCCGGCAUCUAGAUACCAAAACAACUCGAAUCUUUGUGGUGUUCCGUUACCAACAUGCAGCGCUUCAAAUCACACGGUAGCUGUUCGUAUGUUGAAGAAGAAGAAGCAACCUAUUGCAGUUUUGACAACCACGUGCCUCCUUUUCUUUCUCUUGUUUGUCGUUGUGUUUGUGCUGGCUUUGUAUCGAGUGCAAAAGACUCGGAAGAAGGAAGAAUUGAGAGAAAAAUAUAUAGAAAGUCUUCCGACUUCUGGUAGCAGUAGUUGGAAGCUCUCUGGCUUUCCUGAGCCUCUGAGCAUCAAUGUUGCUACAUUCGAGAAGCCUCUGCGUAAGUUGACGUUUGCACAUCUCCUCGAGGCUACUAAUGGUUUCAGCGCCGAAAGCUUGAUAGGCUCGGGAGGUUUUGGUGAAGUCUAUAAGGCUAAGAUGAAAGACGGCAGUGUUGUUGCUAUCAAGAAACUCAUUCGUGUCACAGGUCAGGGAGACAGAGAGUUCAUAGCUGAAAUGGAAACGAUUGGGAAGAUUAAGCACCGGAACCUUGUUCCACUUCUUGGUUACUGUAAAAUUGGAGAUGAAAGGCUACUUGUGUAUGAGUACAUGAAAUAUGGAAGUUUAGAAACUGUUCUACAUGAGAGAAUCAAAAGUUCAGAGCUUGCUUGGGAAACAAGAAAGAAGAUAGCACUAGGAUCAGCAAGAGGUCUUGCAUUUCUUCAUCAUAGUUGCAUACCUCAUAUUAUACAUAGAGACAUGAAGUCAAGCAAUAUUCUUCUUGACGAAAAUUUCGAGGCUAGAGUUUCAGAUUUCGGUAUGGCAAGAUUGGUUAAUGCUCUUGACACUCAUCUCACAGUUAGCACGCUUGCAGGAACACCAGGUUAUGUACCACCAGAAUACUAUCAGAGUUUCCGAUGCACAGCGAAAGGUGAUGUUUAUAGUUAUGGUGUCAUACUGCUAGAACUUCUAUCAGGGAAGAGACCAAUCAACUCGUCCGAGUUUGGCGAUGAUAACAAUCUUGUUGGAUGGUCUAAGAAGCUUUACAGAGAAAGAAGAAUUAGUGAAAUACUUGAUCCUGAAUUGGUUGUGCAAACUUCUAGUGAAGGUGAACUUUUUCAAUAUUUGAAAAUUGCUUUUGAAUGUUUAGAGGAAAGACCGUACCGGCGUCCGACAAUGAUACAAGUGAUGGCAAUGUUUAAAGAGCUUCAAGUUGAUACAGAUAAUGAUAGUGUUGUUGAUGGUUUCUCUAUGAAAGACAAUGUUAUUGAUGAAGCAUGAUGUAUGACUCAAAGUCCUUUUGUUGAAAAUGAAAAAAAGAAGACAUAGACCUGUUCUGUUUGUGAUAAAGUAGAAGUGUUCUUUCACAUUUUUGUUUAUGUAUAUAUAUAACAUUUUCUUGAGGUUAUAGACAGAAUUCAGUCACUUGAAAUUGGUGACAUUUGUUUUGAUUCAUAUGCUAACUUUUAUUGCUAAA